CCCGCUCGGGGGCGAGCAGGGCCGGCGGCCGCGCGGGCGGAGGAAGAGGACGAGGAGGAGGACGACUGCGAGGAGGACGGCGACCGGGAGGAGAAGGACGCGCGGAGGCCACACCCAUCGGCGCGCCGAUCCGGCAGCGAGUCGUCGUCGGCCGCGCGCUCCAGCCGAGCCUCCGCCCGCACCGAGUCCGGAGCCGGGCCGCACCGGGGAGGGGCCGCUCCGGCCGCAGCGCGAGGGCACGAGGGGCGGCGGGGAGCCGGCACCGGGCGCGGCCGGCGCAGCGACCAUGAUCGCUUUGUUCAACAAGCUGCUGGACUGGUUCAAGGCCCUCUUCUGGAAGGAGGAGAUGGAGCUCACGCUGGUCGGGCUGCAGUACUCGGGCAAGACCACCUUCGUCAACGUGAUCGCGCCUUUUGGUCCGUGGCCGCCGCGGACAGCGCAUCUGGGUCCUGGCGACUUUUGCCCCUUUUCCAAUUCUGACUCUUCCUUCCAGUCGGGACAGUUCAACGAGGACAUGAUCCCCACCGUGGGCUUCAACAUGCGCAAGAUCACCAAAGGGAACGUGACCAUCAAGCUCUGGGACAUCGGGGGACAGCCCCGCUUCCGCAGCAUGUGGGAGCGCUACUGCCGAGGAGUGAGCGCCAUCGUGUACAUGGUGGAUGCCGCUGACCAAGAGAAGAUUGAGGCCUCCAAGAAUGAACUCCACAACCUACUGGACAAGCCCCAGCUGCAGGGCAUCCCGGUCCUAGUCCUGGGCAACAAGCGAGACCUCCCGGGAGCCUUGGAUGAGAAGGAGCUGAUCGAGAAAAUGAAUCUGUCUGCCAUCCAGGACCGAGAGAUCUGCUGCUACUCCAUCUCCUGCAAAGAAAAGGACAACAUCGACAUCACCCUACAGUGGCUUAUCCAGCACUCAAAGUCACGGAGAAGCUGAGACUGCGGCCCCGCCCCCUCGGACCAGGGACCGCCCUCCGGAUCUGAAGCCGAGCUCCCGCCCCCUCCCCCCGCCGCCCCCCAAGCCCACCCCUCCUUACUUGGUGUGGGGAGGGGCCCUCUGGGGGUCCCAGAGUCCUGUUCUGCUGAGGUUUGAACUCCCGAUUUUAUUGUAAAAUAAAUUGCUCCCCUCCGGUCCUCUAACCUCCCCCCUCCCCUCUCCCUUUGUCUCUCCACCGCCCUGCUUCCCUCCCCCUCUGAAGCCCCGCCCCACAGCCCCGCCUCCUCUCCUGUCCCGCUCCCUGCUUCCCUUUCCCACACUCUUCUGUUAUUGUCCUGUGUGUACAGUAUAUAUAUGUAUAUAUAUUUUAAUUUUUUAAUUUAAGCAAAGACUAAAAUCAACCAUUUGAUGCUGCAGGGGCCAGUCAGGAUCUGGGAGGGGGCGGUCUGGAGAGAAGGAGAAUAGCGGGGUUAGCUGGGGCCGGUUCAGAUCAGGAAAGGUGAGGCUGGCACGGGGGCAGGUACCAGCCCAGGCACGGGUGUCCGUCCCCACGUCCCGUUUGUCUCCACUUCCCAGUCUGGCCUGUCUCCGCAGUGUUUGAAUGUCACAGGCUGACGGGAGCUUCCGGAGACGCCCUUCUCUGCCCCCAGCCUCAGCAUGGCCACCAGGCACAAGCAGGCGCCGGAGACCGGGGGCCGAAGGGGCAGGAGGCCAGCGCCCUAGCAGCCCCUCCCGCCUGUUCCUGGCUCCCAGCUCCGGGCCGUCACCUCCACGGGCCACCUCAUUUUCUGUUCUCGUUUUGCAGAGUUGCACAAGGAGAGAACUCGGCAUGGGGGGUUGGUUCUUUGGGUUUUGUUUUCUGUUUGUUUAAUGAUUUGUAAAGUGAUGUCCCUCUUCCUUUUUUACACUUUUCAGCUCAUAUUUAACCUCUGUUUGGAAAAUGAUUCUUGUAACUACAUUUUUUUGCCUCCUAACAACAACAAGAAUAAAUGACAAUUUUGUGUUGGG